AAGAAGAUGCCAGCUGCGUUACAACCUCAUAGAAGAAGAGACAGCAGUAGUGUCGUGACUAGACCAAGGUUAUCCCGAAGAUACUGGAGGAUAAUAUGAACAGCAUUUGACAGAAACAGAGUGAUAUCCUGUCUUGAUCAAGAUGAGCGUCCCAUGUUUAUUGUCCCACAGACCCCGCUGCGCCAGCCAGCUGUGUUCCGCUGUCAGUCUGCUCUGCUUCGCCUCAAGGAGAAAUAUGUCCUCCAAGAGACAAGUGGACCAUCUAGAGAGAACAGCAAGUAACUCCAGGCAACAUGUUCUGUAUCCAGGUCAAGUAUGUGGAAUGAUGAACGAGUCAGAGACAGUAAGACGUUUGAGAAUAGCUGUCCAGCCAGACUUCAGCUUCAAAGCAGGACAGUGGGUGGAUUUCUUCAUCCCUGGUGUGGAGAAGGUUGGAGGUUUCUCCAUAUGUUCCAGCCCAGGUUUGCUGCAGAGGGAGGGCGUUAUUGAGCUGGCGGUCAAAUACAGCAAACACCCUCCAGCACACUGGGUCCACACCAUGUGUACAGCAGGCUCCCAUGUGGCCAUGCGUGUCGGCGGAGACUUCUUCUUCCACCCUUUGCCUUCUGAUCCUUCUGUGGAUUUGCUGCUGGUGGCCGGCGGCGUUGGGAUCAAUCCCCUGUACUCUAUUCUGCUUCACGCCACAGAUCUGCUCCAUCUUAACCGUGUAUCAGGUGGUCGGGACUACAACAUAGGGUCUGCUCACCUAUGCUACAGUGCCAAGAACACCCAGGAACUGCUGUUUAAGCACUCCAUCAUUGACGUGUGCCGGGAGUUUCCUGACAAGGUCUCUUGUAACUUCCACGUCACACAACAGAACACAGACGUCGAGCCACACAUCAAGCCAUUUGUCAACUGUGGGAGAAUCACAGAGGAGGAGCUGCGGGCUCACGUGGACCCACAGAGGACUUUGUGUUACUUGUGCGGGCCCCCACCCAUGAUCGAAGCAAUUUCAAAAACCCUCAGGGACCUCAGCCUCACAAAAGAGAGGAUCAUUUUUGAGAAGUGGUGGUAGAAUCUCCUGCAGGCCCCAGAGACCUACAGGGUUCUCCUCCUGGCUCUGUACUGCAUGGAAUGUAUGAGAAUGGAAUCAGCUGAAAUAUUUCACUGAUAUGGACACUGAGUCCGCAGAUACUUGAAGAAAUGUAUCCUGUGUCUGAUCUAUAAUAGGCAGACGGUACCACCCAGUCUUCAGCUGGUAGCUGACUCACAAAGACAGUGGAGACGUUUUACUUCUUAUUAUCUAAACAA